CAAUAUUUUGUUCGGUUCUUUUUCUCUUUUCCUUUUGGAAUUCUAGUUAUAUUUAUAGUAGACAAUUUGAUAUUUUCUCAUAGUUCUUGAGACACCCCUGCCCCCUUAACUCUGUAGUGUUUCAGUUUGGAUACAUUUUGUUGACCUACUUUAACAUUCACUGGUUCUUUCCUUGCCUACUGAAGAACCUUUGAAAGAUAUUCUUCAUCCCUUUUACUGUGUUUUUGUUUGUAGAAGUUUCAUUUGACUUUCUCAUAGUUUCUGUGUUGAUGUUCCCUAUUUAUAUAUAUGUAUAUUGCUCACUUUUCCUCAUAAGUCUUUAUCAAACUAAUCAUAGUUAUUUAUUUUAAACUCCUUUGCUGAUAUGUCAUCUGUGUUAUGUCUGAGUAAGGUUUGUGUAGAUCUUUAGUUUCUUGGUAGUGAGUUUUUAAAAAAAUUUUCUAUUUUGAACAAUUGUCAGAUACAGUAUGUAGAACAGUAGGCACUGAGAUGAAUAGCUUUUAUGUCUGGAAAUCAUGUAUUUUAUGCUUCUAGGCUGUUAGAGUAUCAAGGACCAAGUCUAUCUAGUCAGGAGUUUAACUGCCUUUGGAUUUUGUUUCUUUAGUUACCUUUAUCAGCUUCAAAUGCCUCUGAUGUUAACUAUUCCUUUGAUGUUACUUAGGGUGAUAGUCGUUUUAUUCAGGGUUUUUUCCCUCAGUGUUGUUAUUCCACUUUAAUCUUUAGCCUUCCCUCUGCCCUGCACCUCUUAGAGGGUCUUGUCAAGCAUUUGUCUUUUCACCACUGGUAAGUUGUUAUUGCUUGUUACUCUUUAAGUAGUAAACCUGUUAGUCAGGGCUGGGAUAAGAAUUUCUCAUUCAGCCUCAAUUUUAGGCAGUCUUUGUAUUCUUGGGUCUUGGGAGUAGGGUUUUCUCAGAGAUCUUGCCCUUUGUCAUGCUGUAGAAGAUAUCCUUCUAAGACCAGGACAGUUUACUGUUCUCCUUCAGAGAUAAAACUUUUUCACCUACUCCAGUCAAAAUGGAUGGUAUUCACUUAUGCUCUGGGAGUGUCAUGGUCUGCUGCUAUAUAACAAGCAGCUUAAAAGUUUUUGCCUCUUAGUGAUUACUCAGCAUCCUAGGCUUUCUCCACAAUGGCAGACUCUGUAUUUGUAGGACUGAGUCACUAAGGCCUAUGUCACUGCAUCUCCUGUCUCCUGCUAUUAUUUCACUUUCUUAUCAGCGAUUGGUGAGAUUCAUGGUAAAGAGCUGAAGACUGGCUAUCUGCAGUUCCCAGUGGUUCUAUACUCUCAUAUAUGAACAAGCUCACACUUGUUCAUUACCAUUUUGUUUAAAAUAUUAGUUUAAUACUUCUAACCCACUUCCAUGAUGGUGUUCUUUCCAUAGUCCUUCAUUUCUUCUUUGGAGGCAUUUGUCUUCUUCAUAGAUUUUAAGUUAGUACCAACAGAUUUAAGUUAGGAACUUUGUAAAUUAUUCAGCCUUUUCUUGUUGGGUUGAGAAUGAUUCUCUUUCCAGCUUUUUAUACUCUAGGCGAAAGCUGGACCAUAUUUUUGGUGAGUAGUCUACAAGAGUCUAUUCAGUCUAAAGGAUGGAGAAAGAAAAUGUUAGAAUGUAUUGUGAUUCUUAAUUUUUUAAGCAAGAGUAUCUGUUGUAGUAAUUGUUGAAUGUACAAAAUGUAUAAGAUGUUUCGGAAGGUCACAUCUCAAGUUAUUCAGAUGGAAGAGGAUGCAUUCAUACAUUCAUUCUAUAGUGGUUUGACUUGAUACUGUACAUUAAUUUUUUCAUUCUCUUUAAAGAUAUUACAGCUUACCUGACUCAGUCAAGUGUAUUAUUAUUAUUUUUUUGCUGUGUCAUGUAAUUUUAAAUAAAGUGUAAGGUUCACAAAACAAACAAGUACCUUACAGAGAUUCCUACAAAGAAACCAUAGAUUAAAGGUAAUGUUAAGGGUUGGAGUUGUAGUUCAGUGGUAGAGUGCUUGCCUAGCAUGUGAGAGGCACUGGGUUCAAUCCUCAGCACCACAUAAAAAUAAAUAAAAUAAAGAUAUUGUGUUCAUCUACAACUAAAAAUAUUUUUUAAAAAGGUAAUGUUAAAAUUUAAGCAUAAGUGAGCAAGAAGAAAGUUUCAGAGUUGGUAUAUUUUUUCUAUCCUAGUGUAUUCUCUUUAUUAGAAUAUUAUGAGGUAAUAGUAAUGUAAUUUUAAUUAUAUUUGAAAAGAAAUAGGACCAAAAAAUUAAGACAUAACAAAAUGGGAAUUAAUAGGGAAAUUUAUAGCCAUUAUCAUUAAUAGUGAACUUUAUUGAAACUAUAUAUUAUGAUACGGUGGGCAGACUUAUAAGAUAGUCUGCCCAGCUACUACCCAAUAUCCUACCCAUUCCCACCAUCUGACUGGUGAUUAGGUUAUGUUAUAAGGCACAGUUGACUUGAGAGGGAGAUUAUUGGGUGGGCCUGACCUAAUCAAGUAUUUUAAAAGUAGAGAGUUUUCUCCUGCUGGUGGUAGAAGGGAAGUGAGAUAUUCAAACUUCUGUAUACAGUUGCUGACUUGAAAAUGGGGAAGUUGUAUAUCACGAAGUAAAGGUAAUCUCCAGGAACUAAGGGUGGCCCUUGACUUAUGUCAAGGAAAUAGGGACUUCCUUUGUAUUGAUAAGAAAUUGAAUUCUGCUAACAACAGAAUUCAGACAAGAGAGGGCGUGUUCAGGGUGGCAUGGUGGUAGACCUAACAACAGAAUUCAAUGAAUGAACAAGGAAUCAGAAUUUUUCCUAUGCCUCCAGAUGAAGAUGCAGCCUGGUCAACAUUUUAACUGUACCUUUAUUAUUUUAAAAAAUAAGAAUAUGUAAGAGGUAAGAAUAUGUGCCAACCUUCUAAAGAACUGUGAACAAGUAAAUUUGUAUUGUUCUAAGACCCUAGGUUUGUGGUCUUUUGUUAUGAAGCAAUAAGUGAAUAAUACAUAUGUCUUGAGUGAUCACCUAAUCAUUAUUAAGAAGACUUAAACAAUAUAAAUACGUUUAAAACUUUUAAAUUUCAUUUUUAUUUCCUUUUUUGUUGUGUUUUAACAUAUAGAUAGAGAUAGUGAGGGUACAUAGUCAAAUUUUUGCCAAUAGAGGCUUUUUUUUUAAAGUUUAAAAGAUAACCUUUCUGUCUCAGCCUCCUGAUUUGCUGGUACUAUAGAUGUAUGCCACCACUCACAUCUUAAAAUUAUUUUUUAGUGUUGCUAUUAAUUAUACAGAUUAGUAGGUUCCUGUAGAGAUAGUGAAAUAUUUGUACAUGCUUACCUUCCUUUUCACCCUCUCCCUGAUCCCGUUUUUCUACCUAAUGGUCUCCCUUCUAUUUUCAUGACAUCUUUUUUCCCCCCUCUAGCUUCUGUAUGUGAGAUAAAACGUAUUAUACUCGUCUGUAGCUUAUUUUGCUUAACAUGCUCCAUGUUCUUCAGUUCAUGCACUUUCCUGUAAAUUACAAAGUAUCAAUAUGUGGUGAUCUUUGCCUCUUUGACUCUGGGCUUGAAGUCAGUUUUGUUGGAUAUGAGAAUAGUUACUCCUUUUUGCUUUUGGUUUCCAUUUACAUGGAAUGUCAUUUUCCCUUCCUUUUGCUUUAAGUCUGUGAGUGUUUUUGCCAGGGAGAUGCCUUUUUUGGAGACAACAUACGGCUUGAAUCUCAUUUUUAAAUCCAGUCUGCCGGUCUAUGUCUUUCAUUGAGAUUUAAGGACUUUUACAUUCAGGAAUAACCCAAAGAGGUUUUGAGAGUAUUUUAGAAGGGCUUUAUGGACCACGGCUACGAAGAGACCUCAGUUUAUUUGAAGACUGUGAACCAGAAGAGCUGACUGACUGGUCUAUGGAUGAAAAAUGCUCAUUUUGUAACCUACAGAGAGAAGCAGUCAGUGAUUGUAUACCAUCUCUUGAUUCUUCACAGUCAACACCAACGGAGGAGCUAUCAUCUCAGGGCCAGUCCAACACUGAUAAGAUUGAAUGCCAAGCAGAAAAUUACCUAAAUGCACUCUUUCGAAAGAAAGAUCUUCCUCAGAACUGUGAUCCUAACAUUCCCCUAGUUGCUCAGGAAUUAAUGAAAAAGAUGAUACGUCAGUUUGCAAUUGAGUACAUUUCAAAAAGUGGUAAAAUUCAAGAGAAUAGAAAUGGUUCAAUUGGACCAAGUCUCCUAUGUAAAAGUAUCCAAAUGAAUCAAGCAGAAAACUCCCUUCAGGAAGAGCAGGAAGGCCCCUUAGACCUCACUGUGAAUCGAAUGCAAGAACAAACUACUCAGCAAGGGGAUGGAGUGUUAGAUCUCUCUACAAAGAAAACCAGCAUAAAAUCUGAAGAGUCAUCUAUAUGUGAUCCUUCUUCUGAAAAUUCAAUGGCUGGUUCAACUGUUGAUGCAAAUUCAGAGGAAGCUACUAAAAUGGAAAAAGGAAAAUCAGCAUUAAGCAAAGUUUUGGAAUCUUUGUGCAUACAUCACCAGCAACAAGUUUUGGCUAUGUUGAAAUUUCUAGUCCAAGAGCAGAAUGCUACUUCUCUUUGCUGUUGUAAUACAUCAUGUGCUGUGUCUUCAGAAUCUCAAAAGCCUCUAUUUGAAGAUGAUUUACAUGGUCUGUUCUGUAGUUGUGAAUAUAGACUGGCAGAAAGAGGGUGUUUACCAAAUGAAAGACAAAGCCCAGGUUUGGUGCCUCUGCCAGUCUGUAUUAAGGAAUUACAUUGUUUAUCUUGCCAAACUGUAACUAUUGAACACAUUACAACAGUAAUGAAUAGAGGAAUUGCAGAUACUUACAAUUCUCACAGGUGCUGUUCUGGACUGUUACCAAACAUUCACUCUACAAAAUCAGCCUUUCAUGGUCCUCUUUUGUCAAGGGAAGUAUGUGAUCUUUCAGUCAAUCUUAAAGAUGUGUGUAGAUCUCGAAGUCCCUCACCCCCACCAUUAUCACCUGUGCAGACUGAAGGGUUUGAAAAACUGAAAGAUGUCAUCUCAGAGCUUUCAGCCUUAGAAAAUAACAAACUUGAAACAAGUACUAACCAGCCUCCAUCUCUAACACCAGCAGAAAUAAGCAGCAACAAGGGUGACCAUGAAGUCAAAAUACAUAAAACUAAAAAAUCCAGUAACUCUGAUUCUUUAUUCUCGGAUGCCAGUGGUAAUUGUACUCCAAAUUAUGAAAAAGGUGAAACUGCUGUAAUUUUUCAAGAUUUAAUGGAUCGCAUUAAUGAAAAAUUAAAAUCAAUAGAAACCACAGAUAUUACAAAUCUUGUAAAAUUAUCUAGCAAUGAUUGUAAUACAGAUAAUGAUUUUAAAUUGGGGAAUUUAAUAACAUCUCUCUUGCAUAAUGCAAAGGCCAGUGAUUAUAGUUUUAUGGAAUUACUCAGUCAACAUGAUAAAAAGGUAGAAAAUAAAAUUAUUCAGACAAGAUUUCGAAAGCGUCAACAAACUUUACUUGCAAUGCAUAACUCUCCUGAUUCACCAAUCAUUAGAAGGCAGUCUUUACAGAUCAAAAGAGAACUUGCUAGUCUUGAUGGAAAUUUUAUGAGGAAAAAAUACAAUGAAAAAAAUUCAAGGAAAUUGAUGCACAAUGAUGAGAUAUUUUCAUCAGACAAGGAAGAAUUGCAUCAUUGCCAAGUGCUGCCUUUACAAAAUUCUAAAUGCUUUCAAGAUAAAAAUCAUGCAGAAACAUGUCCACCAAAUUAUACUCUUCAGUCAUUGGAACUACCUCUUCAUAGUAUAGAAACUAACUCAGCUUUUGAUGAAAUUUCAGAAAACUUUAAUAAAACAACUUUAGCAGAUAAAAUAAGCAUAAGAAAAUCACAGGAGAAAUUUUCAGCUGGAAAAAAUAACGGGGAGAAUCCAAAAUUAGAGAGUACUCAAACUCCUUUGAGAAGUGAUGGAGUUUUGAACAGAACUAAACGAAAUAUUGUACCUCCAGGGUGGUAUUCUAUAUAUGUAACGAACAAUUAUGUUUUCAAAAAAUCCCCUAAGGCCAAAAGAGUGUCUGAUUCCACACAUAAAAAAGAUGCAGUGAAAAAUAUUCAGGUUGAAAACUCACAGAAUAUAGAUCUAAGCAAGAUUGCAAUGAAUUCGAAUUUACAAGUUGUCGUGGAGCGUUUGGAAGAUACAAUAAGUAUGGCCAAAAAGUCUUGGAAUAAUGGGCCGUUAUCAGAAGGAUAUAAAGUUUCUAAGAAAUUGAUAGAAAUUGAUGAUAAAGACCAAAAUGUUGAGCGAGAGAAGUCUCCUAUUUUAAGCAGAAUGACAUGCCAAGGGCAGGGUUUAUCAAAAUCUGCAGUGUCAUUAAGCAGUGUUAUCCAAAGUCCACAGAUACCUCCAAUGGACUUGAAUAACAAAAGACUUGAUAAUCAGAAGAAGUCUUCUAUUUUAGAUACAGAUAGUUUGAUUUCUGGUUUUGAAAAUGUACCAACAAAGUGUAAAGGUAUUGAAAGCUCUUCUUUUUCUAACUAUUCUAGUCCUAUCAAACUCAUGUUUUUAUCAGAGAUUAAAAGUAGUGAAGGAGUCAAAUAUACAUUGACCUCAGUUGGUACCUCGCAAUCAAAUGCUGAUAUUCCUUCCGAGAAACAUGUAACGCAUCACGUGAUUGGAAAAAACGCAGAAGCAAAUGAGGAUAUCCCAAAUGCUAGGUUUGAAAAUUACAAUUUUAAUCAUGAUACUGAUUCUCUUCAAAGAGAACUAAACAAAUGCAAUUGUGUAAAAGAAUCUGCAGAAUCUUCUGCAGUGUUUACAGAUGAUCUGAAUAGGGAUAAACCACAAGAAGAAUCUAAGGGAAAUUCAAGCAGUGCUGUUGAUUCAUCUUUUAAAAGAAAACCAGGUAGACCUAAAAAAAUAGGUCCCCAAGUUGUGAAACAGAUUAAACGACCAAUUGGAAGACCGCCAAAACCUAAAACUGAUCAAACAGACAUCACCAUUUGCCAAAAUGAAUCCUUUAGUGCUGAGAGGAAGAGCCCAGAAUCUCUCAUAUCAGAAGUAAAAGAGGGUAUUUAUAAAAAGAGUAUUACUGUAACUGUUAUUUAUGGAAGGUCAAGAAGAACUAAAAGGCAUGUUUCCGAAGGAAGUGUAAACAGCAAUAUUAUGUCAUUAAACAAUAAUAUUGAUGAUUUUCCCACUGAAUAUAACAGUCUUAGAAAUACUAGAGAACAUGAAAUUGACUUGAGUAAAAGAGUAAGUGCUGUAUCAAGUUUGACUGCUCAAGGAGAAGCCUUGGGGUCUGGCUUUGAGCAUGUUAGACCUGUCAAGAACAAGUGUGUGGUACCUCAGCCUCCUAAGAACAUUAUUCGACCAAAUCAGAAACCUUUGGCAAUAAUUAGGAAACCUGGUAGACCUGCGAAAGUUAAAAUCUCUGGCAUAUCUGUGACUAUUAAUAGAGUUUCACCUCAGGAAAGAGAAGUAAGUAUUAGCAGCUGCUUACCUCCUUUAGAACAGGAGAAUAUAUUAGAAAAAUCUCUGCCUGAAGAAAUGCAUGACCAAGAAUGCAAUAAUAUGGAUAAAACAAGGCACACUGAAGCUGACAUAUUUAAAAAUGGAUCAAAAAGUAUGGUCGCUACUCUACCUUUGAGACAUUCUAUUAGGAACAGAAAACCAUCUCUGCAUUUCUUGCAUUCAUUAGCAUCUUCUAGCUCACUUAUUUAUAGAAAUGCUCUGCUUCAUAAAUCAUAUAAACCCCAUAGGCAGAAAGGCAAAAAUCAGAAGAAAAAACAUGCCCAGUCAAGGAUAAAAAUAAGUUCCAAAGAUAACCCAGGAACUAGACAUGCAAAGAAAGCAAAACAGUGUUUGGAAGAUAACAAAUUAAUGCCCAUUUCUGAAGUAUCCUUGGACCCUAUAAUUUCAUCAAACUCUUUGCUCAGGUGGUGGGCUACUUCUACUUCAAGCGAUUCCUUAUUAGAGGAAUUAAACAAUAGAUUUGAGCAAAUUACAAAUGCUUGGGUGCGAGUAAGUGGAGAUGAAGCUGAAAGUUUUGCUCAUAAAAAGAAAGAAUACAUUGAAAACAAUAAUUUCAAAGUAGCCAAGCCAUUGGAGACUUGUCUUUUAGAACUUGAAGUUUCACCUGUAAAAAUGCUUUUUCAGAAAAAGUAUGAUUUGAAAGAACUGUGUACCUGGUUUAUGCAGUCAACAGAAACACAGUCUCUUUCACUAGUUAGAAAAGCAAAUGCUCGGAAUCCUUUGGAAGUAAUAAAUACCAAGGGAAUUAAAUUAGGGGCCAAAUAUUGUGAUUUUAAUACCAACCCCUUUAGAAAGCACUUUAAAAAAUUUGCACUCUCUUCUCCUUCAAAAUCAGGGAAGUUGCAUAUACUGCAUAAGAUGGUUAGUUCUCCACUCUUAAAUGUGAAAAGUAAUUUAACACUAGCUAGAUUGAAAAGGACUGAGUUUAAGAGGUUGCACCAUGAAAGGUGGAGAAGAGAGGGAAAGCUGCACAAUCUUGGAACAGUUGAUUGGAACUCUAAAAGGAGGAACUUAAGAUUUUUCUGCCAGAACCAGUUUUUAAAUAAGACUGAGGGGGGAACAAAUGCUGACAUCCCACUCCGAGGGAAAAGCGCAGUAGGUAAUCAGUGUAUUUUGCCACCUGAGAUCAGGGAUGACUUUUUGCAAGAGAAGGUGGCAAUGCCUGACUUCAAAACACAUGCUAGUUUAGAGAAUAAAUUUCAGUCAGAAGCAAAGGAGAAUGGAACAAACUGCAGCCAAAGAGAUUUUGAAAAGAGACUAGGAAAUGUAUGUCCAAAUAAUUGGAGGUCAAAAACCUUGAAAGAUUGUAGAAUAUUUUUGAGGAAGAUCAAUUAUCUUGAACACAGAAAUACUUUUAAGCUAAAUACAAUCAUUUACUCUCCUGAAUCUGUUGACAGUGGAAGUAAACAUCUGACACAUGUAGAUGAAUCAAAGCGCUGUACUUUAAGAUCCCAUUCUGCUAGGCAAAAUUCUUUUAAAAAGCAAGCUAAAGAAAUAGAAAAUACUAAAGCAAAUAGUCCCUUACCUGAUAAAUUUGCUGACCAACUUGGCAACAGUAAGUUAAGUAAAUGUGUUAAUUUUGACAAGAAUCCUUCUGAUAGUUCUCAAGUUCUUAGCAAACUGAACAAAAGAAAAAGACCACCAUGGAAGACCACAGAAUUGUCAACAAAAAGACAUAAACGACAGUCUUACAACAGUGGACAAAUGGCAAACUAUUUUUCAAAAUCCCAACUAGCAUGCUACAAAUGAAAACUGAUGAGAAACUGAAUUUAUCUGAUGGGAAUACAGCAAGUUGCCCUUUGAGCCCCGUUAAGAUGUGCCUUAAUCGUCCCAUUGAGUGGAACCUGAAUUUGACAGCAGCAUCUCUAGCAAGCUGUACAGUUCAUAACC